UUUAGCGGUUUUCUGCAGCAGUGACAAGAUAAGAGCUGCGAAAGAGGUGCUCCUCCGACUGGUCGCCGAAGAUGGCGAUGGAAAGGCUCGCCGUGAUCAAAGAUACUCACAGUAAAAUGAUCACAGCGCUUUCAUAUAAUCCGAUGAAACAUGAAAUUCUUUUAGGAUUUGAAGAUGGAGUGAUCAAAGUAUGGGACUAUUCCACUGGUGAGCCUGGGAAAAUUAUUCGCUCAGUUCGUGAACAUGAAGGCUGGGUUACAAGCUUUGUAUUCUGGGUAGAUGCAAAACUUCUCUUUUCAGCAGCUAUUGAUGGCACCAUUAUUGUGUGGGGCUCUGGCGGGGCUGUACAUGAUAAGAUUCCAAUUGGAUCUUCAGUAUAUUGUAUGGCAUGGAAUGCAAGGAGGAACCAAAUAGUUGCAGCUGUGGAUUCAGCAGUUCAAGUUUUCAACAUUAGAGAUCCAGGCAGAGAAAUUGGGCAUGUAAUAGACACAAAGGCCUAUGUCUGCAAGGAGCAUUCAGAUAUUGUGAAAUGUGUAGUUUGUCAUGAAUCAAGAGUUUUCAGUGGAGGGUAUGACCAGAAGUUAGUGGUUUACGAUUCCACUUUUUCAUAUAAAGGAAACUACAGUUUAUCAGUUGUAACAAAGAUAAACAAAGCACAUGAUGCAGGAAUAAUCUGUAUGUGCCUGGCACGAAACUCAGACAACACAUGGGUGUUAAGUGGUGCUUUUGAUAAGGUUGUUAAAGUUUGGUCUCAAGAUGGACAGGUCAUGCAUAAAUUUGAUGGACUCAGUGCUGCAGUAACUGGAGUCUGCUAUGUUAGACCCAUCAAGACCAUUUGGGUGGCAGCUGGCACUGCUGAAGCUACUAUGUAUGAUCCAAAAUCUGGAGAAAAUGUGUCAGAUUUUAUAGGAACAUUUCAAGAUGAAGAAAGUAGCGGUUUUCCUCUGGUGUUGUUUCACAAUGUCUCUGACCUAGGACACGUAAUAGGAACAAACAGUAGGCGACAUCUGAUUGUGUGGAAAUACAAUUCAUCCGGAUGUUUGACAACACUGAAAAACAAGUGCGCAAUGGAGUCUCUUACUUACACUCGGAAAGUCCCCCUUUUGAUCUUCAGUGGAGGUAGUAAUGGUCACGUGUGCAAAUGGGAACGACUUCAGUCAAACAACUUCAUGUACAGCAAAGAGGUAUUGUUACAGAGUGAAGCCAAAUCUCGCCUGGCAGCUCAGAUCGCCGCCAAGUUCGAUUGGUGCAGUCCAAACAGGGGUGUAAGUGGCAAGAACAGGCCGAGACCUUCCUUCCUAAAUACUAUUAAUCAGAUGUCGCCUGCUUCUGAACACACCAGCAACAUUUCCCUGUUAAGCUCCGUCUUUGUGGAGAACCUUGAUUUACUGGUGGUGGCAUCAGAAGACAAUAAUAUUUAUGUGUGGGGCUUUGACGAGGAUGCUGUGAAAGUUUUGGAAAACAUGAGACCAGCAGAUGAAAAUCUAAUUUACAAAUACGCAAUUCUGCUCGGUGAAAAGGCCUUCCAGCCUAUCAAGAAAGAUAUAGAGGGCUCUACGGAACACGAUUCAGUAACCAAUAGGGUGGCAGGAUUCAUCUGUAAACACGUGUUCACAGAACACUCCAGUUGUGUCACUGGUCUGGCUGUUGUAGGGAGAGAGGCUGGUUACAAUACAACAUACUUGCUCAGUGCUGGCUGGGAUCGACGGAUCUUCUUGUGGGACCUGGAAGCUUCUUGUUUUCACGACACAUUCCGCAACACUGAUCCCAACGCCCUUGAGAGCGAUGAGCUGGCCUCAGAUGGUAUCAUUAUGGACCUAACGUACAGCGCUGAAAGAAAUGAGUUCGCGUAUGCUUCGUCUGACAAGUUGGUGUACAUCAGACAGUUCUCUGAUCGCGGCUCAGAGAUGACUUUGUCAGCGGUGUUACAAGGCCACGAGGCUGAAGUUACACAGGUUCGCUGGAAUGCUGUGCUUAAUAAAUGGAUCACGGGCUCAGAAGAUGGAACUAUUCGUAUCUGGAGAGGAGAUGGAAUGGCGUGCGACGUGGUACUGAGUGCCCAAGGAGCCGUUUCAGCUCUGUGUAUUGAUCAAGUGAACGGCUGUAUUGUGGCUGGAGUUCAAGAAAUCAUUAGGGUUUAUGAUCCAGACACGCGCAAGAUUGUGCAGAAGAAUCUUGGACAUAGCGAUUCUGUGCGAUGUAUUAUUCAUAUUCCCGAGAGGAGUCAGUAUGUUUCCGCUUCUUGGGACAAAACUGUAAGGAUAUGGAACGCAUACAAGAAAACUCGAAAAAAGCCUACAAAAGAGAUGACAGACUUUCCAGACUCAAGCAGUAGUAGUUUUUAGUGAAGAACAAUACGGGUAAGCCUCGUUUGAGUUCACAUCGACUAGACAGUCCAUUAUCUCUUUAAUAUAAAUUGUUUCUUUCAUCCAAUGUGUGCGCUUGCACUCAUGGCGUUAGCUGCAUACAUAGUGUCACGCUGUCAGAGUGUCACGCAAUCCUUCUUUGAUCUGACGAUUUUAUGUAUUACAAAAGACUGUUGAUGAACGUGUAACGUCGUAAGAGUGGGAUGAGAGAUAAUUUUAAAAAAAUUUCCAAAUAUUUCCAUGUAUAAAAAAUGAUGUAUAUGUAUAUUUUAUCGUAAAAUUUAUUUAAAUGCGGUAUUUAUGGCCUAACAUUUCUGUAUGUCAUAGAAUAAAGACAUUGAAUAUAUUACUCAAC